ACUCGCGACCAAACCAGGCCUCGAGUUUUGCGGAAACCCCCCUGCGAGAGCCGCCGCGCGCAGGCCAGCCCCGGCCGCGGCCAGCGCUAUAUAAGGCGGCCCCCAACUCGGCGACGCUGCGCAAAACACCUCGCUUUUUGUAGUCUUCCGUCUUUGCCCUCGCGCUCUCGCCUCUCGCCCCCGUUUGCUCGGCCGGCGCGUGUACGUGUGUACAGCGAGCGGAGCAGGGAGAACGGAAAAGAAAGAAAAAGAAAGUCUUGCCCUGCCUUGGCUCUCCUCCUUGGGGUUGAGCUCAACCGUUGUUCGUUCAUGGAGAGCUCUUCCUCCUCCACCCACAAGCGGGCGCGGGAGGCGGCCGACCUCGCCGCCGCCGGCGACGGCGCGCUGCCGGAGGCCGGCGCCAAGAGGCUGCGGCCCGAGGACCUACUCGACCUGCUCGACGAUGACGCCGACGCGGCGGCCGCCGGCGACCUGGCGUCCGUCAUGCGGAGCCUCGAGGAGGAGAUAGGGAGCUUCGACGAGGCCGGGGCCGCCGACGCCGCCGCCGUGCCGCCGGUGCACCAGCCGGAGCUGGGGUUCCUGCUGGAGGCCUCUGACGACGAGCUGGGCCUGCCGCCGGCGGGCGCCUCCUCCUCGUCGGAGGAGGCCGGAGCCGCCGGGGCGCCCGACGUGGCCGCCGGCCUUGACGGCCAGAUCUGGGGGUUCGAGGACGAGAUCGACGGCGGCUUCGGCGGCUACUCGCCGGAGGCCGCGGCCGCUGCCGCCGCCGCCGCGGUGUGGGACGACGACGGCUUCGACGCCGGGCUGUUCGCGUUCGGCGACGACGCCUGCGGGCCCUCGGAUCUCGCGGCCCUGCGCCACGAGACCAUGCCGGCCGUCUGAUUACGGGCCCCGGCCGGCCGGCCAGUGGAUUAGCGUUCUUUUUCUGGCUUUUUUUUUAACCUUGGGCUAACCUUAGCUGGUACUACCCUUUUCUUUAACCUUGGUGUAAAGUUUUUAGAAGGGUAAAAACAGAGGCGUGGAAACCUGGGGAAGGUUCCGACCGGGGAAAAGAAUCUGAAAAUGGUUUCCCUUUUUGCCCUUGGGAAUUAUUUUCUCGCUUAUUAUUAUUAUUAUAUAUGAAAAAAAGAAGAAAUAAGCUAGCAUAAGCUAGCGAGUAAAAAAAA